CAAAAAAAAAAAAAACCAAACCAAGUCUGCUACAAAUAAAAAUCAAAUAUCAAAAUACAAAUUUUUGCCUAGCUGCCGUUUUACAAACAAACAAAAGAAUAAAGUACAAAACAACCAACAACCAAUCUUAAAAAAUUUUAAACAAUUCAAUUUAAUACGAGCACUUUACAAAAGAAAAGAAAAGAACACCAUAACAAGUAAAUAAUCAACUUUGCAUUAAAACACGCAAAACCAGUGAGUUCAAAAAAAUAUAAAAACGAAAUACAAAUCUUGGAGUAGCUUCAACUUAUAUUAUAGUAUACAAAUAUAAUCAGAGUGUUUUACACUAGCCAACAAACAAAAACCAGUCGAAUCGGAAACAUUUUUAAAGAAGAACUACCUCACAAAGCAGAGAAACAAACGAAAAGUGAACCGAAAAGUGUACAAAACUAUAACGAAUCUUUAAAUCAGUACAAAGCCCCGCAGUUUUUAAAGACAACUGCAUAGCCAUGCCAGAGUUUGAGCUUAAAUGGCGUCUUCAAUUUUAGCCCAGAGCAGCACAGGUGCUACCGCCGACAGCAGCAAUUUGGGAGCAACUACAUCAGCAGCAUCAUCAGCCGCAUCCGUGGAGGCCACCGUAUCCUCGCUGCACAACACCCACUUGAAUCAGCUGAGCAGCCUCAGUCAGCACUACACCACGCCGUACCACCACCCGCAUCCCCACCAUCACUACCAGCAACACUAUCCGCAGCAGCAACACCUCCAGCAGCAGCAGCAGCAACAACAUCAGCAGCAGCAUCAGCAACAGCAGCAGCAGCAGCAGCAGCACUGGGACUACUAUGCCAGGCAGCAGCAGCAGCAACAUCAUCAACAGCCAGCGGCCGCCACCAGCAACACCAACGGCAACAGCAGCAACAACACCGACGGCAGCAAUACCACGGUUCCAGCGCCUUUGGGCAGCAGCAAUCAUGCUAAUGUUGCAACCGGUGGCAACUCUGGCCAGCGGCAACACGGCGAUGCCAAUGCCAAUGCCAUUUCCGCCGCCUCCACCGCAGUAGGAAAUCCGGGGAAUCCAGGGAAUCCGGGUAAUCCCAAUAACACAACUAGUAACGCCAACGCCAACGCCAACUCGAAUUCGAACUCCAAUUCCAACUCGAACGGCAGCUAUACGCGUCCCUGGGAAAUGGAGUCCAAGGACAAUGGUCCACAACCCCAGACACAACCUCAUCUGCAGCUAAAGAGCGGCUUCGAACCCUUCUCCAAGCUGCCCUCGUUUCAGAGCCAGUUUCAUGGCUUCAAUGAGCAAUUACUACCAGAUGGUACACCCAUGCCAGUGCCCAUAGCACCGCCAGGUUCGACAGCAGCAGCUCCUGGUACCGCAGCUCCCGGCUCAGUAUCCGGCUCCGUAGGACCAAACUCGGUAACCGGCUCCGUGGGACCAACCACAAUGAGCUCCCUGCAAACGGUGGCCAUGUCGCCGGCUAGUAUUUCAGUCAGUUCCCCCGGAAUGAUGAGCGUGGGCUCUCCAUUGACCCAGCUAUCGAGUCUGCAGACCAGCAUCACUCCACCCUCAGCGGGCAGCUUUCCGGCACCACCUCCGCCGAACGCGUUUGCCCAUCACCAUGCCCUCAAUCCGCACCAUCAUCAUCGAGGCGCCUCUGGUUAUCCCACACCCUACGCAGAACUACCACUCUAUCCGGGAUUCACUCCACUGAGUGUCAAGAAGGAACCAGGAUCGGGAGCCAGCGACUUUGAGAUGCUGCUCAAGAAGGAGGACUUUGAUCUCAGCAACAGCGGAGGCGGCGGUCUGAUCCACCAUCCGCUUCAGCACGGCCAGCCGCAUCCCAUACCCAUGGGAAUGCACACGCCCACCUCGUACGAUGGCAACAACAGCAACAACAGCUAUCCGCAGGCGACGGCGGGAAGUGGGAGUGGCAGCCACACGCCGCACACCACCACCCAACAGCCCACGCCCACCACCACCACGCCGGUCAAGGUCGAGAAGCUGCUGCAAUCGCCCAUCGCCCGACUGGAGGCCCGGAAGAAAGAGCGCCGGAAACAGCGGCCCAAUUCGCUGGAGUCCAGUGCCGAGAGCGAGGCCAGCGGCAUGGACGUAGACCCCAGCAAUCCUGGCCAAGUGGACGCCGUCUCCAGCACGGCCAACUUCAAGAGUCCUCUGAGUGCGCUCGGGAUGGGCGAUAGCAACGAUGCCAAUGCCAGCGGAUGCGACAAGCAGUCGAAGAAGAAGCGCAAGCGGUGCGGCGAAUGCGUGGGAUGCCAGCGAAAGGACAAUUGCGGCGAGUGCGCUCCUUGCAGGAACGACAAGAGCCACCAGAUCUGCAAGCAGCGCCGUUGCGAGAAGCUCACCGAGAAGAAGGAACCCAAAGCCAAAACCAUCGUCUUCGGAGCCGAUGGUCAGCCCGUUCGACCCGAUUCGAAACGCGGCCGGGGCAAAGGAAAGUCCGCUGGUUCCGGCAACGGAUCGGUUAACGCCACAGGUAUCGCCGCCGGCAAUGGAACACCAACAACUGGGCAGUCACGCGCCCGCAAAAACUCCACCAAAGCAAACAAACUGAAUGCAGCCGCUGCAUCAGCAACAUCGCCUCGUCUAAGUCCAGUGCCGGCAGCAACACUGUUGCCGCAGCAAUCGCCAAAUACCACAUCAGCAACAGGCAAUCUGCAGCAGCAGCAACAGCAACAGCAGCAGCAGUACCAGCAGCAUCAGCAACUUUUGUCGCAGCAGCAACUCCUGUCGCAGCAGCAGCAACAGCAAUAUCAGCAGCCGCAGCAGCAACAGCAGCACUUCCAGCAGCAACAGCACUUGCAGCAGCAGCAGCACGCACAGCAGCAACAUUUGCCACAGCAGCAACAUCAGAUAACCGCACAAAUCCAAACCAUGAAGGAUCAACCGCAGCAACCCAUGGCACCCAUGGCCUUCUACCCCACAUGGCAGGCGGAUCCGUCGCAGGGCUGGCAGAACCAGUUCAUACAGCAGAUACCACAGAACACACCGGCCAUAACGUCCCUGAACUCGCUGGACUUCCAGACGCAGUCGUAUGCGUAUCCCUCGAACGGCUACGUCCAGUCGGGACUGGGAUUCGAUCCCAACUACGGAAGGUCGCCAUAUGCGGCGCCAGUGCAGCGCUACGACUUCCAGAGUCAGCAGUUGUCCACGGCUCCGUCGGCGAUCAAUCAGGUUGGUCUGCAGAGUGUGGCUGGCUUCGCGCCCAGUUACGCAGGACAGGUGUCCGCCGCUCCAGUGCCGCCGUCGCAGCAACAACAGCAGCAGCAGCAGCAGCAACAACAGCAGCAACAUCUGGGAGCGGACCUGAACAAGACGAUGUCGGGAAACGACACGCCUGGAUAUCCGCGGGUGAGCAGCGUGCCGCCGCGCUCACUCAACUGUAACGGGUAUUCAGGCGACUACAGCGGUUCCCCAACCACCAACAGCAACAACAGCAACAACAACACUAGUAACACCAGCAACAACAACAGCAAUCCCCCGACAGUGGUCAGUGGUGGCACAACCACCCCAGCCCCACCGCCCACUGUAGUGGCGCAGCCCGCCUCCUCGCCCAUGCAACCACCCAACCAGGCGGUGCCCCAGUCGCCCACGCGCAGCAACAUGUUGCAGCAACAGCAGCAGCAGCAACAUCAGUCGCCCACGGGCAACGGGCUGCAGCCCUAUGUUUCACCUCAGCAGCAGCAACAACAGCAGCAGCAACAGCAACAGCAGCAACACCUCUCCUCGCCCCCCAUGCAGGAUUGGAAUUGGCAGCAGCAACAACAACAGCAGCAGCAGCAAUCCUUGGGCGCCGAGGGAUAUCCGCAGGGGGAGAGACUCCACCUGAACACCCGCAUCAAGUCCAUGAUCAUGCGCAAGAGCGAUCCCAAGGAUCCGCCGCCCGAUUUGCAGCAACAGCAGCAACAACAACCGCAGCAACAGCAACAACAGACCGGUCAUUUUUUAUCGUAUAGCCACCAUCUCCGGCCCGAAGCGGCGCUGAGCGCCAACGGACCGAGCAGUGCCACGCCCACCCACCCACUGCCGCCCAACCUGCAGCAAAAACAGCAGCAAGAAAUGCCGCCAGCACAGUCGCAGCAUAUGACUGGAAUGAAUCACCAGCAAGUGCAGCAGGUGCAACAGCAGGCCGUGAAUAGUGGGUCAGUGCCUGCCGAGCCGAUCGGAGGUGGUGGCGAUCACAUCUGGAAGCCGCACCACGCCAACUCGUUCAAGAAACCGAGCGUGGUUAGUGGCUAUCCAGCAGGAGUAGGACAGGAUGCCCAGUUGCAGCUGCAGUUGCAGCAACACCAGCCAGGACAACACACGACCAUCAGUCAUUCGGUGGAGCCGCCGGUUCCAGUGGCUCCCGUCCCCGUUCCCGUCGCAGCCCAGCCCAAAAAGUCCAGGAGUCGCAGUAAAGCCAGUCGAGCAGCGGCGGCGGCAGCGGCAGCGGCAGAGGCAGCGGCGGAAAUUGACCGGGAUCGCAAUUCCACGGAUCCCGGAGGCGGUGGUGGGCUGAAGCCACUCGGUGCCGCCCACUACCCGCCGCAUCCGCAUGCCGCCGGAGGACCUGGUCCACCGGGUCAGGACUACCACUCGCAGUACAUCAAGACCGAACCGGGUCUCCUUGGUCCUCCGCAGCCGAAUAAAAUGGAGGGCUACGAGCGGAACUACCAGAACUUUAUACAAUACGCGGACUUCUGCCAAAACGAUGGUCAGGGUCAGCCGGUGCAACAGCACCAUGGACAUGGACAUGGACAGCAGGAUUACGCCAGCUAUCAUCACAAUUCGGCGUACUAUGGCGCCGGAGCUAGUAGUUUUCAGCAGAACUUCCAGCAGAACUUUGUGCCGGGCUAUCAGCACUCCACUUACGGAGGCAGAGGGAAGCCUCCGGGGGCCAAUCAACCCCAUCAGAUCCACGGACAUGGUCAGAGCUUGAUGGAACUCGACCGGAAACCGGACACCAAUAGCAUCAUACCACUGCCCACGAACUACGAGAAGGACAUACCCGCCUAUCCCAUUCCGCCACAUCGCUAUGCAUUGGGCCAUGGAGCUCCGCCGCACUUGAGUCACCACGGGAUGCUGGAGCCCAAGAUCGAGGACAUGGGCAUGCUGGGACAUGGCGGGGGCUAUGCCUAUCUGGGAAGUGAGGGGAAGGCGCUGAACAAUGGGUUCUCCUGCUGCCGACAGGGAGGCACGCGGCCACCCACCGCGGAGCACUUGAAGGACGGCACCUGCCUGGGAUUGGGCAUCCAGCCCAAGGAGGAGCUCAUCGACGAGGAUGAGCUCAUCGACACGCAUGGCAAUGGCUUGAAACCCAUCGUGGGAGUGGGCAAGGCCAAGGGAAAGCAGAAGCCCGACGAGAUCCCCGAGAUCGUGGUGAAGCACGAGAAGAUCAAUCCCAUGUUCGACACCACGGAUCGACUGGAGAAGGGCAACAAAACGGAGAUUCCCGAGUGCGAGUGCUUCCAGUCCGACAAGAAUCCCCCGGAGCCGGGUACUUACUACACGCAUCUGGGCACUGCAUCUUCCCUAAUGGACUUACGAAGAGAAUUCGAGGAGCGUUGCAACCUCACGGGUCGCCAGUUGAGGAUCGAAAAGAUCGUCUACACUGGAAAGGAGGGUAAGACUUCACAAGGAUGUCCUGUGGCCAAGUGGGUCAUCCGAAGAGCUGAUCUCGAAGAGAAGAUUCUGGUGGUGGUCAAGAAACGACCGGGUCACAGAUGCAUAGCUGCCUAUAUUGUAGUGUGCAUGGUGGCUUGGGAUGGAAUGCCUCGUUUGGAGGCGGAUAAUGCCUAUAAGAAUCUGAUCCCGAAGCUCAACAAAUACGGCCUGCCCACCACGCGAAGAUGUGCCACCAAUGAGAAUCGCACCUGUGCCUGUCAAGGACUGGAUCCGGAAUCGUCGGGCGCCUCGUACUCCUUUGGUUGCUCCUGGUCGAUGUACUACAAUGGUUGCAAGUACGCCCGCUCCAAGACGGUGAGGAAGUUCCGGCUGUCGGUGAAGAGCGAGGAGGCGGCCAUCGAGGAUCACAUGAACCUGAUUGCCACCCUUUUGGCGCCGGUGUUCAAGCAGGUGUGUCCGCGGUCCUACGACAAUCAGACGAAGUACGAGCACGAGGCCAGCGAUUGCCGGCUGGGCCUGGAGCCCGGAAAACCCUUCUCGGGGGUCACCGCCUGCCUGGACUUCUGCGCCCACUCCCACAGGGAUCUGCACAACAUGCAGGAUGGCUGCACGGUGCAUGUGGCGCUGCUGAAGCCCGGCAAUCGGGACACCCGCCUCCCAGACGACGAGCAGUUCCACGUCCUGCCGCUCUACACGAUGGACGGCACGGACGAGUUCGAGAGUGUCGAGGGUCAGCGGGACAAGCACCGCACCGGGGCGGUGCAAAUGCUGGACAAAUUCCCCUGCGAAGUACGCGUGCGAUCGACCCCUUUGAUACCCUGCAGAAGACACGGCAAGAAGCGGAAGGAGGGCGACGAGGCGGCGCCACCGGACGGGGACCAGGAUGCGGUGGGCGAUGCCAACAGCCAGAGCAGCUCCAGCAAUGGCGCCCAGUCGCAGACGCAGGCCAACAACAACCAGCAGAGCAGUCCACCAGCUUUGGGAGCAGCCCACAUCAAGAAGGAGAACGGCAGUGGAGGAGCAGCGAAUGGUGGGGGAGCGGGUUCCAAGUCGAAGGGCAAGGGCAAGUCGAAUCAGUCGAACAACUCCAGUGCUUCCACGCCGGGAUCGGCCCCUCCCUCGACCCCCUCGCCGCGAUGCCAGACUCCGGUGACGAACAAUCCCAGUCCGGCGGGCAGUGCCUUCAGCACGCCGCCCGUCCACGGAUCCAAUGCCAAUCCCCAGACGAAUGGUGGGCAGACGGCGGGUGCAGGUCAGCCCGGCCAACUAAUGAGCUCCAACUCCAGUCUGAUGAACAUGGCCACCAUGAUUGAUACCUUCACGGACGCCCAGCUGCAGUCCAAUCAGAUCUCAAGCACUGUCCUGGAUUCCCCGUAUUCCUACGACUACCAGACGGGUUCCUAUAUCGACUCCAGGAACUACUACGGCCAGUGGCCCACGCCUCAUGCUCCGAUGGGCAUGCAGGGGCAAGUGGGCGGAGGAGGACCAGGAGGACCGGGCGGAGCAGUAGGUCCUGGAGGAGCUGUGGCCGGCGGAGUGGCACCCCUAACGCCCACCACGCCCACGGCUCAGCCACAACUGGGAGUUCCGCCGGCGACUUCGUUACCCGGAGGAGGAGGAACCACCACAGGAGCCCCACCGGGAGCACUUCCACCCACAGCUCCUGCCGCGGUCACUCCCAAUCAUCUGGAGACGAGUAAUGGCUACGGACCAGGCAGCUAUCAAACGCUGGUCAGUAAUCCCAAUCCCGCCUCGAAUCUAGCCAAUCCUGGAGGAGUAACCACCGAAGUGCAGCAGGUGCAUCAGCAAAACCAACAGCAACAGGGAGUCCUAGCUCCAGGAGGAGUUGUCCCCACGGGACUACCCUUGGUGGGCGGGGCACCCGGUGACCUCAAGAGCCGCCUGGUCAGCGAGGAGAAUCCCGAUUCCACGACCUUAGUGAACCACCAUCACCACCACCACAACCUCACGGAAAGUAAAUUAACCGCCUUGACGGCCAUGCAACCGAUGACGAACCUCGCCCAGCUGACCACCUCACAUCAUCCGCAGGAGGGAUUCGUGAAGCCGAAGCCACCGCCCAGCGAUUACACGGCCCAGUAUACGGCUCAGUAUCCCAACAACUACCAGAUGUACCCGCCUCCACCGCCACCGCCCCACUCGGCGUACUCCGCCUACGAUGCCUACCAGAACAUGAACUACAACUACGGCUAUCACCAGGCGUACUCGCCCUACGGGAUGUAUCCCCAGCAGACGCCGCCUCCCACGCCUCCGCCGCCCUCGCCCAACUGGAACAUGUAUGGUCACCACCAGACGGGGUCCGUGAACUCGGGCUAUGGUGGUGCGAAUCCUGCGGUCGGAGCGGGUUCGUUGAUAGCCACCCAUGGUGCAGUGGCGCCGGCGGGAGUGGGUCUCCAGAAGCCCAUUGUUCCAGUACCAGGACCGCUGCAUCAUCAGCAGCAGGUGCAACAGCAACAUCAGGUGCAGCAGCAACAACAACAGGAACCGCCACAGACGAUAUUACCCGACCUGAGUAAUGGCCAAACCACCUCCGAAACGGUAGCCACACCCACGCCCACCGGCGAAGCGCCGAGUAAUGAUGCGGGAUCGGGCAAUCCGGGAGCUGGAAACCAAACACCCACUGGCGGAGCAAGUGCAGCAAUCACGGCUCCACCUGCUGCUUCGCCGGGCAGCACGAAUUCCAGCAAAAUCGAACCCAUCGGCGAGGUGGCCGAGAUCAAUGAGAACAUCGAGGCCUUCCAGGAUCCGCAGAUGGGGGGCGUGGCCAUUGCCCUGAAUCAUGGCAGUGUCCUGAUCGAGUGUGCCAAACACGAGAUGCACGCCACGACGGCGGUGCGAAGGCCGGAUCGCCACCAUCCAACGCGGAUGACCCUGAUCUUCUACCAGCACAGGAACCUCAACAGAUGCCGACAUGGCAUAGACGAGUGGGAGGAGAAGAUGCGGGUGAAGAAGAUCAACACGGAUCUGGACAAUAAAGCCAAAGAGGAACGCGAGCGGCUGAUGAAGAAGGCGGCUGGCGAGGAUCUGGACGAUCUGGAUGAGGAUGCCCUGAUGGACGAGCCGUCGGCGCCCGUUAAGAAGGAGUCCGCCAAUGGACAGCAGCUAAAAAACGGAGCCAGUGGCAGUAAGAAAAAGAAGAGCAGCGCCGAUUCCAAGAAGAACCAAACCAGCGAGCAGUCAAAAAACGAGAAGGUUGCCCUCCACGCACCAACACUGACGACCACGUCGUGGACGACCCUGUUUCCCAUGCAUCCGUGCGUGGUUUCGGGGAAAUAUCCGGAGGGCAAUAGCAGUCCGACCUCGUCCACGAACAACGCGCCCAACGGUGGUGGUUGCCCACCAGGCCAACAACAACAACAGCAGCAGCAGUUGGCUCCUCCUCCUGGCAGUGGGCUCGCCCACAUACCGCCGGCCACGCCCACUGGCACCGCGGCACCACCGCCGCCCACUCCGCAACAGCAGCAGCCGCUGCCGCAGCAGCAGCAGACCUGAAUCUCUUCAGGCUGAGGGGCUACUACUGGUAAUCGGCCACCGCCGGAGUCCUAAUCAUAAGCAUCCACACAAAUCAGCCCUGUCCGGAUUUCAAUUACGGCGGAUUAGGCG